CAUUCGGCUGCCACCGUGCCAUGACAGCUGUCAUGACGGUGGUGCUGUCAAAAAAGAUCAACUUCCGCUUUCGCGAACCGAUCUGCGCAUCUCUUCAGGCCUUUCGUGUUCUUUUCCGGCUGUCAAUUGCAAGGAGGAGACAACCAUGGCUCCGAGAUACGAGAUGUGCGUUGGCCUGAACAAAGGCCACAAAACCACCAAGAUCAAGCAGCUGCAGUACCGCGGUGACCGCAAAGUCAAGGGAAUCCGCCCGUCCCGCCUGAAGGGUAUCCAAACCAAGCACACGAAAUUCGUGCGCGAUCUGGUGCGUGAGGUCGUCGGCCAUGCCCCGUACGAGAAGCGCGGUAUGGAAUUGCUGAAGGUGUCCAAGGAUAAGCGUGCGCUGAAGUUCCUGAAGCGACGCCUCGGCACGCACAUCCGUGCCAAGAGGAAGCGUGAGGAACUGUCCAACAUCUUGGCCCAUAUGCGCAAGGCGGGACACAAGUAAGCCACUUUUGCCUCCGUUACGGUAGGGGGUUAUGGUGGUGAUGCCGUGUCUCCUCGUUUGGUUGGAUGGUAAUAAUCAAAAGACGGUCGUACAUCAUCAUCGUGGUAUGGCGUUGGAGAUACACCAUCAGCUUUAUGAACCGGUGCAACCGAACAGAAACUGGGAAGGCAGGCAGGCAUCCGCUGUCUGGUGAUGCGUGUUUGUGUAAGGAUUAAAACAUUCUUGAGGAAUAAAACAUUUAAGAUCCACCUUGAGUGAAACA